CGUGUGGAAGUAUGAUGACAAGCACGACUUCUUCAAGCAGCAGCCGGACGACAAGUCGUACGAAUGUGCCCAGAAGUGCAAGGUCAUUGGCUAUGCUCGCGUUGCCCAGGACCUGAGCCAGUUUAAGAUGUGCAUCAAGAGCGGCUAUCCGUUUGUGUUCGGCUUUGCGGUCCUGUCGAGCUUCCAGACCAUGGAGGUUGCCAGGACCGGCAAGAUGGUGAUGCCCCAGCCUACCGACCAGCAGCUGGGUGGGCAUGCGGUUUGCGCCGUGGGCUACGACGACUUCAUGCAGUGCUUCAUCGUCCGCAAUUCUUGGGGCGAGGGGUGGGGCGACAAGGGUUACUUCUACAUGCCCUACGAGUACAUUUGCCACCCCUCCCUCGCGCACGACUUCUGGGCCAUCAACUGGGUCGAGGGCUUCAAGAAUGCCACAACCAAGAAGUGA